AAACAAUUCAUUUCACUCACUAUAUGACAUUACAAUAAAGUUCGAUAUAAUUCUCGCCAUUUUUAAUUUAUAAUUUAUAUUACCUAAACCAAAUAACUUUUAAUCAAUUUUAAAAUGAAUGUUAUUUGUUUGACAGUUAUUUCUGAUAAGUAAGAGAUAAAGGAAAAGUUUGGUUCAUAGCAUACGGUUUGGUUUUGGUUUUGGUUUUAUAUUCGAUCGAUUCUCGGUUAUGUGUCGAUCCUGUAGACGUGUUCUCUCAAAUAUCGCCUUGUUUACAAACAGAAGAUUUUCACGAGAAUUGAUAUAGGGUGAUCGAUUUAUAAAAGUUUGAAAGAACAUGGAUCUUGACAGUCUAUUCAAAAGAUAUUUUUAAAUUUUCAUCUAAAUUUUAUUUUACAAUAAAAAUAAAUUAUUUAAUUUAUAUGUUAAUUUUAUUGAAAGAGUUCUCUUCAUUUAUAUUUAACAGUAGAUAUCUUUUUUAAUAUGGAACAGCUGCAAAUAAUUGAAGCAAAAGUAAUUUGGAUGCCUAUUAAUGAUAUUUUAUUUGUUGUGAAUCAGAUCAAUGAAUAUCUUGGACUUCAGUUAAUAGAUGUGAAAGAAUUAACACAAAAUCUUGAAUAUUAUGAAGAAAAUUAUACUGUAUUUAAUUGUAAAAUUAUACUUGCUGAACCUUUUUCAGAAUAUGUGCAGGAAAUAAUACAUAAAUGGUGUAAUAAAGAAAUCAUUGGUGAUAAUCGCAAAUGGUUAUCCUUGAAUGAUAUUGAAAAACUUCAUUUAGAUUUUAUAUUAGCAGAUAAACAGAUAGAAGCAGAAAGUUUUUCUUUUGGAACAGUUGUUGAAUUAAAUGAUUUUGUCGAGUUUUAUGGUUCCCAAAAACAGAACUCUGAUGAGAAUUUAGAAUAUGCCAUAAAUGAAAUUGAAGUUUCAUUUGAGCAUGAUUGUGAAAAGUUCUCUUUAUUUUUUGUUGUUUCAAGAAAAGAAACUUAUAUUAAAGAACCAAAUGAUGAAAUUGCUUUGCCUCACCACUUUGAAUUUGAUUAUUCAAACAUUUCUAGAAUGUUACUAAAUAAGGUAUCAGAUUCAGAUAAUUUGGAAAUUUAUCUUUACUUAAAAUAUCCUCCAUUAAUAUAUGGAAUUGAAGAACGACAGAAACCAGAAUAUUUUGAUGAUGAAAGUUCGAGUGAAGAUUUGGAUCCAGUUCCAUUUCGAAAGACCAAAUUUGCAGACUGUUUGGAAUCAGAUAUUACCUUAUCGACAGUAUUAAAGUUAGAAAUUCCUUGGUAUUCUGCUUGGGAAGCUGUCUGUAAUUUUGUACACAAUUGUAAAGAAGUUGAGUGCUUUAUUUCUCCAAUUUGUACAAGUUUUAAGAAUGAAAUAUAUCCUGUUCCAAAAAUUGAAGUUAAUUUCAAUUGUAAUUAUGCUUUGCAGUGUAUUCUUUCCAGGAAUAAUGACAUUAUCAUGCAGUUACACAUGAGGAAUGAAUUAAUAUCAGUUGAACAAAAAUUAAAUGAGCUUGCAAGUCAGGAUCCAAAUGCAUUAGAAAAGGCAUUAUAUAAAAUAUAUUUUGCAUUGGAAAGAAAAAAUAUUGUGAUAUUUUCUAAUGCUCUGAAUUCUCUUUUUUCAAAAUACAAUGGUAUUCCUAAUUUAAAUAGUGAUUACUCUAAUUUAGUGAGUUUAAGACAAGCUGUAUUAACUCCUACAAGAAUAAUUUUCUUAAGUCCACUGACAUAUUUAAACAAUGGAUUAUUUAAAAAGUUUGAUGCAGAUUAUGCCAUCCAUUUAUCUGUGAGAGAUGAGAAUUUUCAAUAUUUAACAGAUUCAUUAACAGAAGAAUCAUCACAAAAUAAAAUUAUUCCUACAAUUGAAAAAAAAUUAAAAGAAGGAUUUAAAAUUGGCAAUAGACAAUAUAAUAUCUUAGGAUAUAAUUCUAAAAUGCUAAAAGAUCACUCUAUAAUGUUCUGUGCAGAAGAUUCAAAUGGAAAUGGUAUGGAAACUAUUUUAAAAAGCAUAUCAAAGUCAAAGCAAUUGAAAGAUACCAUUGGGCACAUGAAAUUUAUGGAAGAAAUGCUAACAGAAUCUUUAACUUCAUUAGAAGUCAAUGGAAUAAAUAUCUCAGAAAUCCAUGAUAAAUGCAUUCCAUCUGGAAGUGGUAGAAUAUCUCCUGAAGUUAUAAAAAUGGUCUGUGAUAAAUUAGAAUUAGAUUAUAUUCCAUCUGCUAUGAAGGUUUUAUAUGGAGGAUGUGAACUAACAUUAUCCAUGUGGCCAUGUUUGGAAGGAAAACAAAUUAUUUUCAAUAAGAGUGAAAAUAAUAUCUCAUCUUGUAAUUCCCAUAUAGAAAUUUUAAAAAUCAGCAAACCAAAACUUGUUCAUCUUAAUCGUUUUCUCGUCAUGAUACUGUCACAAUUAAAUGUUAAGGAUGUAACAUUUUUUAAUCUUCAAGAAAAAAUGUUGAAAACUAUGUUAAGAUGUUUUAUUGAUGAAAAAAAGGCAAAGCAUUUAUUUAAAGCACAUAAUUUAUUUUGUAUCAAUUAUGAUGAUUUGCAAGAGGAUUUUGAAUUAUUACAAGAACCAUUUUUUCAGUCAUUACUGCAAACAAUUAUUCUGAAGCAAUUGGAAAACUUACGAAAAGAUACGCAAAUAUCAAUUCCUUCCAGCAAGGGUAGAACUAUGCUUGGAAUUGUAGAUGAAACAAAGUUAUUAAAUCCUGGAGAAGUAUUUUUGCAAUGUUCUAAAGACAUAUGGAACAAUAAUACAGAAACUGAUAUUAUAACUGGCUCUGUAUUAAUUGUUAGAAGUCCAUGUAUACAUCUCAGUGAUGUUCAGAAGUUUACAGCUGUUGAUAUUGAAGAAUUACAUCAUAUCAAAGAUUGCAUUGUUUUCUCACAAAAAGUACAGCAAAAUUCAAUGAAAGUAUCUUAUGGAGAUGAAUAUUUAGUAAUUUGGAUGGAUGAAUUACAGUUUCCUUGUUUGAAUCCUUUAGUCAAGGAAGAAGAAGAAAUUUUACAAUCCUGUCAAAAAGGCAGGAUUUGCAUUAGAUAUUAUAAGAAUAUUAUGGUCAUGCAAACAAUUAGAAAUGAUGGUAUCUUAUGGAGAUGAAUAUUUAGUAAUUUGGAUGGAUGAAUUACAGUUUCCUUGUUUGAAUCCUUUAGUCAAGGAAGAAGAAGAAAUUUUACAGUCUGUGAUAAAAAUACAAGGGAAGCAGCACAUCCACCGCUUCCAUGAUGGCACGCCACUGAUAAAGCAACUCAGGAUUGAUAAAUUUCUCAUAAAAAAUUUAAUUUGUUUCAUUGUAUUUUCUUCUGAGUUUUCAUUUAGACUACUGUAUAUUCAAUUGUUUUUUAUGUUGAUUUUACUUUCCCAGCUAUUAUGUAUACAUAACACAAGAUGAGGUAAAGAUCUAGAAAUGAAAUUUGGCAUGGCAGCUUGUGUAUAAGGGACAUCGAUGCUAUUAAAUUUUGGUUCUUAAUUAAAGAUAGACAGGAUGGAGACAUAGAAGGAGUCAUGUGUCAUAUCUCGAGUGGGGUCAGACUUAAUGAAGAUGUUAUGCAUUAUUAUCGUUUACAAUUUUAUAUGAAACUGAUUACUACCCUCAAAAUUAAGCUUUAUAUUGUAAUUAAAAAAUAUAAAAGUUAUGAGAUUACUUAGAGAAUAAUAUCAAUAGCAGGGAAAGCUAUGCAACUCAUUGCUGGAUUUUUUUGUAUUUCAUAUUAAAUUUUCUAUAUUUGGGCUUUUUGCUUAUUUCUACUUAACUGAUUUCAUCAAGAACACCUACAUCCCUCUUUCUGCAUAAGGUGACCACAUGGAGCUUGUCCCUUCAGUGGUCACAUUAAUAGCGGGUUUCACUGUAUUCAAAAUUGAAUUCUUGUUUACUUGUUUAUCAUGGAAGAAUGGCUGAAUCAAUUUCUAUUCACAUAAAUAUUACUACUGUAAUUAUAUUUUUCAGAAAGUUAUAAACUAUUUUGAAAUAGAUUAAAUUACCAGUAUUCAAAAGAAAUAACUUCUAUUUAUUACUUAAUUUAUGUAUUUAUUUGAAUUUU